CAAAAAAAUAAUAAAUAAAUAACUUUUAGAAUAGAAUGAGUUCUAUAAGAUACUUCUCCGCUAAUAUUAUUACGAUAAAUAAACGUCCACUAACAACUUUAAUAACCAGAUCAAGAAAUUCAUCAUUAAUUUCAUCAUAUUAUCGUUCCUUUCAAUCUUCGAUUAAAAAUCAUAACGAAGAUAAUAUUAAUAAUAAUAACAACAAUAGUAUUAGUAGUAGUAGUAUAAACGACAAUAAUAAUAAUAAUAAAAAUAACGAAGAUAAUAAUAUAAAAGAUAAGGAGAAUGAAAAAGUUGACCUUUUUGAUAAGAUUUUAUCUAAUGAUUUAAAUUAUAAAGAAAAUGAUAUUAAUUUAAGUAGUAAAGAAUUAUUUUCAAUUUUAAAAGAAUCUUUAUCAAGAUCAAGAACAGUUUCAACCUCUGGUGAAAAUUCUCAAUCAAUAACAAAUUCUUCAUCGCCUUCUUUAUCAUCAAAUGAUCCAUCUCUUUUUGAUUCCACAACUUCAAAAUUACCUUCAACUUCUACACCUGAAACACCUGAAUCUAUACUUGAUACAACGAAUAUAUCUUCUAGUAAAGAAGAUGCAUCAUUAAUAUUUGCUACAAAUAAAGAUCCCACAUUCGAUCCCACACUUGAAACAGCAAUUGUACAUUCAACUGAAGCAGAUGCUACAACAAAAUUGACUAUAGAUAAAAAUGAUCCUCGAUUCAUAAGGGAAGAUCCUGUAAUUUCACAAGCAGUAAAUAUUAUAAUGCGCCAUGGUAAAAAAGCUACUGCAAGACGUUUUUUAGCUGAUGCGAUGGUAGAAAUACGUAGACAAACACAUAAUGAUCCUUAUUUAAUUACUAAGGCUGCUAUUGAAAAAGCUUCUCCACUGGUUAGUCAUAUGAGCUAUAAAAAAGGUUCAAAAGUAACUUUAAUUCCUAAAGCUUUAAAUGAACGCCAAAGGCGCCAUAAAGGUAUUAGAUGGAUUUUGGAUGCUUCUGACAAAAGAUCCGGUAAAAAUUUUAGUAUUAGAUUAGCUAACGAAAUUUUAGCUGUAAUCAAUGGGGAUUCAGCUGCUUUAAAGAAAAAGGAGCAAUUACAUAAAUUAGCACUUGCAAAUAGAGCUAAUUUACCAGUCAAGUGGUAAAUGUAACAUACUUAAUAUACUGUUAUAAAUAGUAAAUAAAAAUAAAUAAUUAUAUUUAUUAUUUAACUUUCUGAACAUUUUAUUUUUGAACAAGUCAAAAGAUGAUUGUUACC